AUGCGUCGGCGAUACACCGAAAUCUUGAGCGUUCGGGAGGAUCGUCGUGCAGUGUCUAUGGCUUCGAAGGCUCUCCUUGGACAAAGAUGACGUGGGCAAUCUUUAGAUCUCUUUGCGAAGUUUAGAGAUUAAUGAAAUGGGUCGUCGAAUCGUUUCCGACGGUUGUCACCCGAUAGAGCGGAAAAACGGCGACUUUGUGGCUCUUUGGCGGCUGUCACCCGACGAAGAGGAGCUAGAUGGAGGUGGGGCGCAUGUCAGAGAGCUUCAUCCUUAGGUCCGCACAGCAAGAGGAGGCUCUUCAUCGCAUCUGGUACGCUCUCAAGAGGUGGCGACUCGUCUCCCGGCGGAUCGUCCUCUUCCCGACGACGGCUUGUUCGUCGAUCAAUCGGAGAUGAUUUACUUGAUGGAUUUGCGAUCCUUUUAUCGCGAAUCCUUCAGCAAUUUUAGUAACAAUGCUCCGCGAAUCGCGUUGACGAGAUUUUUGCCGAUAAUCUAGCGAUUCUAGUUGCUUAAUCCUUCACCGGCGAUCUGCAGGAAAGUCACGAUAAUCAGAUAAAAAUAUGAGUUUUGGCUCUAGGAGGAUUCGAACCCGCGCCGAUUGCCUUGUCUCUUCUAAGGAAGGUGACGAGUUUAGUCCUACAUCGGUUGUGCACCAAAGUUUCGGGCGAAUAUAUAGUAAUGUUACAUUUCUAAGCAAAGUCCCACCACUCCUUGUCCCACAGCCGGCUGGCCACCAGUGACGUGGAAGGGGAGUGGCGUAAUGUGCCCCCAUCGGUUCAAGUCGCUCGAGCCCCUGCUCACGGCUACUCCCCGACUACGCUUCUAACCCACUUGCGAGCCCAACUGGCCGGCGGGUCCCCCUCAUUUUGUCUUAUUUUUAUUUUAAUUUCCUUUCCUUUAUUUAUCUCAAAAGUAAGACUGUAAAAAUCGUAUAAAAUCACAUAAUUACCCAAAAAUUCAGGUUAAUCAACUGAAAACCACUUUUCACACUUUAACACAAAUAUAAGUCUAUUUAUCAUGAGUUAAGGCUAAAACUAUAUUAUUUACUAAUUAUUAACUCAUGAUAAUGAAAACUUAUCAAUACAUAUUAUUUCACUUAUUUGAUUAAUAUUAUGAGACUAACCCUACUUGACUUUUAUGAAGUCAAGUGAUGAUUCUCUCAUAUUUUCUUGAUUAUUAUUUGAUUGCAAGAAAUUAGGUGAGCUCUUAUUAUGAGUUAGAAGUAAUAGAAAAAGCUCAAGUUUUUAGCCCAAGUUUUAUAGAGAGGGCCGGCUCAAGAGAUAAUUAUGAAAAAGCUCAUAUUUAUGGAGCCAAGAGAGGGCGUCAUCUUGGUCAGGCCCAUUUGAAUCUUAAGUGGCACAUGACUUUGGCUUAACUCAUUUGAACUUAAAAAGAUUAUCAAGAGAUGAGAUCUAGGUUGCCCAUUUUAAGACAUCUUAAGAUGAGAUUAAAAGAAAGAUUAGAGAGCCAUCUUCAUAGAAGAAUCUGGGCCGUCCACUAAGAGAGUCGAUUAUUAAUCAUAACUAUCUAUUAGAUGGGCCUAAUUCUCUAGAGGUUUAAGGCCUCUCGCCUCCCUCUUAGAGGGGGGCCUUUUUUACUCUUUCUCUAG